CUUUCGGCUCGAAGUGCCCCGACAGGUGCAAAGUUCCGUCUUGAUGACAAAUCGUCCUCCGGCACCUGGAACUUAUGAUCCCAGAGAUUGGAAAUGUCCUAACUGCAAGACGUUGAAUUUCAAAAAGCGGAAGAACUGCCUGUCAUGUUCUACCGAGAGGCCUCCGCAAACAAAGGAUCAAGUCAUGCCUGACUGGCGAACUGGCAAGAAGGAUUGUGGUGCAAAUAUCAAUGCUGACUGGACUUGCCGUCCCUGCGGCAGAUUCAACCUUGCGUGUGACAGAUUCUGCUUGGCUUGUAAGAAAGAGAAUCCAAGUUGGGUCGAUAUCAGCAUGUCUCCGGAAGGUAGAUCUGGAAGGCUUGGUGGCCAUUUUGACCGCCCUGACCCUGACGAACCCAAGAAAGCAUGGAACUCGGAUGACGAAGAUGUGGACGAGUUUGGCCGCAAGAAGCGCCGAGGAGCCACGAGUGGCGACAAGCAAAAGGCAGCGUUGGAGAGACUCAAGAGGAAAAACCGAGCUGCUUCACGCAGCCGCUCCAGAUGAUGGCCCGCGGUGCCGAAGCUGGAGCACUCGAAGGGCGGAAAAGAAAUCGGUAAGGAGAGACAGUAAA